AUGGAUUUUGCUGAGGUGGAGAAUCUCCAUGAUUUCUACAGCUGUGAGGAGCGUGUGGUCCACACUCAGGACCAGAGAGGGUUCUACAUCGUGUACGACGUCGCCCUGAAGGACCUGGACGAGCUGGAGAAGGAGCUUCUUCUCGUCGGCUCUCACUUUAUCCAGAGAUUCAGGACGGAGAAAAUGGCAGAGGAAGCCUCAACCUCCAACCAGACGGCUGACGUCCACUCCUGUUCUGGGACAGAUGUGGACGGAGUCGCAGUGCUGCUCGACUUGUGGACGUGUGAGACGGAGUUUUUAGAGAGCAAAGUGCAGCUCCUAAACUGUUACUGCGAGGCCUACCAGCACACAGCGGGGGCCGAGGAGAGGUUUGCUCUGGCCCGAGUCGUCACCGACAUCAUGCACAGUCGACCACAGCUGGACCUGACCCAGGAUCACUUUGCUCAGGUCUACAGGGCUGAGACAGACUGUCUGAGGAGUCACCAGCAGCUCAUCAAAAAUGUCCUGGAUAAUCAGAUUGAAAACCAGAGGCAGUACCUCCAACGCAUCUGGAGAGAAGAUCGUAAAGGCUCCACUCAGGACUUCGGUCUUCCACUGAACUACGUUCCCAAACACAUGGUCUCCGUCGGGGGCAGCAGCCCUGCACUAAUGAACGUGUGCCUCCUGGAGGUUCACCCGUCCCUCUGCCUGGCCUCCGCGGUCUAUCAGGGUUUAGUCCAGGCUCACACGGAGCUCUGUCAGCUGCACCGAGCCACCAGCGUCUCCCACAAACUCCUCCUGCAGCAGAAGCUCCUGCAUCAGGCCCUGCAGAGCUGGAACAGCCUGGUUUCACCUGGAGCCUCGUACAGUUCUCAGAUACAGAAGGAUUUGUUCUCAGGUGUGUUCUUCGAGGACCCAGGUUUGGUGCAGAACGUGGGGCUGUCAUUGGUGGAGUCUGCAGAGGAGAAGGACGGGAUGCAGGGAGAGAGAGAGAAGCAUUCGUACGCAGUGGAAACUUUCUCCAAGCUGCUGGAGCUCGUCACCGUCCGACAUCGGCUGCUGGAGUCGGCCUCAGAGACGGCACAUCUGGCACAGUUGUACAGAAACGUGGCCUCAGAUCUCGGCUUCAGUGAGUUCCACCUGCAUCUGAGGCCGCUGCCGUUUGAUGUCGCUGAACAAAAAGACCAAACAGAGCAGAGGCCUAUUUUUAUCACGGCGGCGCUGGAGGAUGACUCGUCUGUGGACAGGUUCAGCCCCUCCCACCUGCCUCUGAGCAUCCAGGAGCUGGACGAGGAACAGGUCGGGAGGUUCAGCUUCAGCUCGGAGGAGGCGGUCAGUCGUCUCAUGAACACUCAGAGCAUUGAGAACCUCCAGGUGACCUUGGCCUGUCAGGUGACCCAGAAGAACGCCCUGAUAAGCGCUGUGAAAGUGGCGUGUCUCUGCCAUUGGGCAGAAAGUGUGACCUCAUCAGCGGAGAGUGACAGAGUCCUUCAUUCAGAUAAAGAUGUAAAAUCUACAACAGGAAUUGACUCCAAGCUCAAAAGCAGCUCUGGCAAACUGCAGGAGAAGUCAGACAUGAAAACUCCCAGCACCACCACCAGGGAGAGGCUGAUGGAGGCCUUCGUGUCCAUACAGCUGGAAAAAGUGGGUCUGCGUGACGAGAUGCUGAACUCGUAUCUGCAGAAGAAACAAGCCGAGGGGGGUCUCACACAAACCCUGGAGGAAGCAGCAAAGAUCAAAAGGAGCCUCAUAAUCGAAUUUCUCAAGAGGCAAGUCUGUGAAAAACAACUUAAUUCACUCUGUUACAAAACAAGAUGAUGGCUAACAGCACAUCUCGUAGCCUGAUCUGUGUGUCUGUCAUUAUUCCCACAGGUUCAGCACACGGAUAUCUCAGUACUGUGUCAGAGCGCAGAUCGUUGAAUACUACUACAGUUUAACUUCUCUA